CGUUUGGCCAUUAGAGGCCGCUACUGUGUGACAAGAUUGUGAUGACACGCUUCCGCGUCAAAACAUGCGUCAUUUCCUGCUGAAGUUCAACGCGGGUUCUUGCUAACACGCAGAGAGUUUGAGAUGAGCAGAAUAAAUUCAUUAGUUCGCUAAUAAUAACUAUAUUAGCUACGCAUUCAUUUGUUGUUAUACUUGACGGCGCUUGAGUGAAGCUUUGCAAAGAUGGGAGACGAUCCGGACUCUAUUCCAGAGAGAGAGAUGAAGGACUUUCAGUUCCGUCAGAUGAAGAAGAUCCGUGUGUUCGAGUCGUCUGUGGAUCUUCCUAAGCAGCGCUCCAGUCUCCUCGCCAUCUCUAACAAAUAUGGCCUGACUUUCGCUGGCAAAGACGAGACGCUGAAAGUGUUCUGGACGAGAGAUGUGAUUGCAGCCGGCCGUCUGGAGGGAAACCCCAAUGAAACAGUGGAGUGCUCCUGCGCUGUCACGGUGACCGUCAGUGUGGCGAUGCAUCACAUAGCUCUGAGCAGCGAUGAGCUCACGCUGUCUGUGUGCGGGACGGGGGACACCUCUGAGCUCACGCUGGACUUCUACGACGUCCGGACUUUCCUCAACAAGGACAGACAGGAGAAGCGUCCCUUCGUCUCUUUCAGACCCGUGGCAGCUGCAGACACGCUGGUCCAGGAUCUGAAGUGGAGUCCGGUGGACGCGUCCCGUCUGGCCGGGUGUCUGUCUGACGGCAGUAUGAUGGUGCUGGAUGUUCAAGACUCUGUCAGUGUGGUCGCUCGGCUUCCUGCCUCUGAGGGAAUCACCUGCGUUUGCUGGAGUCCCAAAGGGAAGCAGGUGUCUGCUGGGAAAGAGGACGCUACAGUGGUUCAGUUCACUCCUGCCUUACAGGCCAAGAAAGUGAUCCCCUGUCCCAACUUCUACAGUCAAGAUCACCCUGUCAGAGUGCUGGAUGUGUUGUGGUUAAGCACGUUUAACUUUGCGGUGGCGUAUGCAGCAGCUGAUGGCUCUCUGGAGACACCGCCGGAGCUGGUGGUCGUGUCAUUACCUAAAAAGGACGAAAAGAGAGACGAGCGCUAUCUGAACUUCAACGACCUUGUGUACGGCACUUGCACCGAGAGGCAGCAUCACUACUACCUGUGCCAUAUCGAGGACUGGGAUUUGGUUUUGGCUUCAUCAGCCGCGGCCAUUGAAGUCAGCAUCAUUGCGAAACAAGAGGACAAGGUGAACUGGGAGCUGUGGCUGCUGGAAGAUGCCAGUCGAGCGGAACUUCCUGUCACAGAGAACAGCGAGGACACACUUCCUCUUGGCAUGGCCAUCGAUUACACCAGCCAAGAGGACAUACACCUGUCUGAUGAGAAGAGGUUGCCUCCAGCGCCAACGCUGAUGCUGCUGUCUACGGAUGGAGUCCUGUGCCCUUUCUCUCUACUGAACCUCAACCCAGGGGUCAAACAGCUGACCGUGGCUGCUGUCCCGCUGCCUGAGGAAGGAGAGAGAGCGCCUGCUGCCAAGUCGUCAUCCUCCUCUGUUACUCCCGCCUCUGCAGCGUCUUCCAUCUUCACAUCUUUCCCAGCAUCUUCUGGCAUGUCCCUGCCUCCAGCCACCUUAUCCUUCACAGCCCCGCCACCAGCAGCCACUGCUGCCGCCUCCUUGGCUCCGCCCACCUCUGUGUCCUCCGCUGGUUUCUCCUUCUCUCUUCCUGCUCUGGGUUCUACCACCUCCUCGGGCUUCUCGCUGGGCUCUGCCACAGGAGGCUUCUCCUUCAGUGCUCUUAAACCCUCCUCCGAUGCUCCUGCCUUCUCCUUUGCUUCCUCUUUGGGGCCGAAGGAGGUCAGCAGUGCUCCAGCAGCCACUCCUCCUCAGCAUCCACCCGCCAUGUCCCCCAUCAUCAGUGGCCCCAAAGAGCCGGCGGAGCCUGCAACGCCUGCCAUCAGGAUGAACCUUACUGACAAGUUUCUGGGAGUGGACUCUCUGGGGUCAGUCACAUCUGCUGCCCAGCCAUUUUCUUUGACCUCCACACCCAAACCGGCAGCAGCGGAGGUCAGCGGUCCGACGACAGCGGCACUCAAACCAGCUGCUUCUGCAGUGUUGUCUCGGGCUGCUCAGAGCAGUGCUCCUCCAGCUCAGCCAAGACCAGCUGCCGUGGCUCCUCCUGCGUCCAGCACUCCAUCUGCACAGGUCGUGUCUGUGAAAGCACUGGAGAAACACCUGCAGCAGAAGAAAGAAUCAGACCCUGUCAUGACUGGAAUACUGGAGGAGAUCGGACACUUCGAGAAGGAGCUGGAUGAUCUGAAGACUCGCUGCAGAAAUGCUGAUUUCAGGGUGGGCAGCAAAGAUGACAUGAGAGACCUGAGGAAAGACUCCGAGGACUUUCACGCCUUCACACUGGAGAUCAAAGAUGCCACAGAGUCUCUUCACGGGGACAUCAGUGCACUGAAGACCAGCCUGCGAGGCUUUGCUGGAGCCGAGGAGGCACGAGCACAGAGCGAGCUCAACCGAGACAAAGACUACCUCCAGCUGCUCUACAAGAAACCACUGGACCCUCGGCGAGAAGAACAGCUCAAGGAAAUCCGCCGCUUGUACCAGUAUGUGAAGUUUGCCAUGGAAGAUGUGAAUGAUGUUUUGGACGUGGAGUGGGAGAAGCACUUGGAGAAGAAGAAAAAGCAGAGGCACCUGAUCAUCCCGGAGAGAGAGGCUCUGUUUGCAGCACUGGCCAAUAACCUGGACAUCAUCAACCAGCAGAAACAGCGUCUUGACCGGCUGGAGAGUGACCUCCACAAACUGAGGCUCUACAGAGGGACGUCAGUGUGGAGCUUCACCAGCCAGACACCCUCUACCCCCUCAGGACAGAGUCUGGACAGUGAGCUGGAGAGUUUGAAGGAUGCUCUUCUGAAGGCCAGCCUGGAAACAACACCUAAAGCUCCUGCCAAAUCACCAUCUAAAAUGACCCCAGCCAAACAGUCUCAGCUGAGGAACUUCCUGUCAAAGCGACAGACUCCACCGGUUCGCUCCACAGCUCCAGCCAACCUGUCGCGGUCAGCCUUCCUUUCUCCUCAGUUCUAUGAGGAUCUGGACGAGGUGAGCUCCAGCUCUUCUCUGUCUCAGCCUCUGGAGCCUGAGGUCUCACUGGCAGUGGCAGAGGAAGAGGACGAGCCGGCGCCCAUCCCGUUGCUGACGCCCUCCGUCUCGAGACACCCCGCAGUGGUCCGUACACCCUCCAUACAGCCAGGCUUCAGUAUGCAGUCCAGUCCGUUCAGCAGAGUCCAGACCGUCCCCAUACCUGUCAUCAGCCCCGCCCCAAAGAUAAACAUGGACAGUGCUGAUAGCACAGCAUUAGCCACAAAAACGGUCAAGCAUGGAGCUCCGCCCACAGAAAAGUUCACUCCUACCACAAUCCCCGCCCCCCAGGCUGCAGGAAGAGCCGCCCUCAGCAGACACAUGACCAGCCAGAAACCAGGAGCAUCUCUGACAGAGUCCACGCUCAAGACGGUUCCUCAGGUGGUGAAUGUACAGGAACUGAAGGAUAAAGGUCCGCCCAUACCUGUGUCCACUGUCAUCAGCGCGUCUGUUCCAGCACCGGCGGCUCAGGUGGUUCAGCAGGUUCUGGCGACGGUGGAGGCCAAUAAAAAUUCCUGUCAAGGUGUGUUAAAGGUCUCGGCACCGCUGGCAGGUCCGGCGCAGACCCCAUCAGGUAGUUUUGUGUUUGGUGGAGCUGCUAAAACUGAGGCAGGAGCAUCUUCAUCCAUCAGUGAGAAGAACUCAAAGGGCUUUUCAUUUACUUCUCCGUCAGCAGGGUUCAGUUUCGCCCCUCCAUCACAGGACACCAACAACACUCAAGCAAAGAGUUCUAGCCUACCAGGCAAGUUCUCUUUUGCAAGCAGCACGGGAACAAAGAUGACAUUUGGUCCUGUGGGGUCUGAGGAGCCGUUUUCCUUCACUUCAAAACUGUCAUCUCCCGCACAGAGCGUGAGCUCCUCUACACCACCUCCUGAGCCAUCUAAACUCCUUCAAGCUCCCAAAACCCAGGGCAAUGCUGGAGAAACUCUCGGCUCUUUUUCUGGCUUAAGAGUGGGCCAAAGUGAGGAUGGAAAGGAAGUCCCCAAGACCACCUUGGGUUUCGCUUUUGGACAACCUGGCAAUGGAUCUACAGGAUUUGCUUUCAGUUCUGCACAAAUCAAGCCUGCAGAAACUGGAAGUUCGUUGGAAUCAACAGGCACUGCAGCAGAAGCUCCAAAGGCGACUACGGCACAAGGAUUUGCCUCGUCUACGUUCACCUUUAAACCACAGGAGGGAACUGUUCCCUCAAUAAAGCCAAGUUUCACCAUUCCGUCGACAUCUUCCUUUCCACCAGCUGCCACUUCUUUCGACAGUCUAUUGCGAGCACCUCUAUCAGAGACGCAAACUCUUCCAACAAAGUCCCUCCAACCAGAAAUGACGACUUCAACUGAGCCGGCUCCCUCCAGUGAUACUGAAUCUAAAGAACCUCCAGCAGAACCCAGUCCUAAACCACCAACCUUAAGUGCUCCAUCAGCCGUACCAGUCACUGAACCCGCUGCUCCUACCAAUACUGAGCCCACUACAGCACCUUCCAACAAGCCCCUAACUCCUCCAACUCUUGAGGUCUCUUCCACACCACCUCCAUCAAUUACCCCACCAUCUGAGACACUGGCGCCUGUCUCCGAGCUUCCUGCAGCAGAGCCAGUCUCUGAUCCUGCCCCUGAGACCACUAGCACUUCCACAACCACUCCUGCACCACAAGAGACACCAGCAACCACCCCAUCCUCAGCUCCAACAUCCGAGAAACCAGGCUCAAUCUUCGCCCCACCUUCGGGUGGCACAGACAGUCUGACUGUAGGAGCCAUGAAUCUCACCAGUGUUGUCACUACAGCGGCCUCCUCUGCCCCAUCUGCAGCCAUCACCACCAGUACAGCUCCAACCCCAGUCUUCGGACAACAUACUUCUGCCGCUCCGACCACUGUGUUCGGGUCUACCGUCUUUGGUGCCAAUUCUGCCACCUCUGGCUUUGGAAAGCCUGCCUUCGGACAGAGUCACGGUGCAGGAUUCGGCCAGCCUGCGGCCUCUGGUUCUGCUAGCAGCUUCACAUUUGGUCAGGCCGCGUUUAGCGCAAAUUCUGGGUUUGGGCAGCCGGCGGCAGCCACCACCACGUCAGCCACAAACAGUGGAGGAGGAGGACUGUUUGGAUCCUCUGGCACAAAUAGUGCCAGUUCCUUCUCUUUCGGAGCCAGCGCAACCAGCUCUGCAGCCAGUACUGGCACUGGGCCCUUUGGCCAGAGCAGCACAACUGUUUUUGGACAGUCCAGCUCAGGCUUUGGCCAGGGAUCCAUGUUUGGCAGCAACACCACCACAGCAUCGUCCUCUGGAUUCGGCUUUGGACAACAACCAGCGUUUGGCAGCAACCCCUCCACCUCAUCAGUGUUUGGACAGCAGGCCAGUGGAGCCAGCGUGUUUGGCCAGGCUCAGUCUGGCGGAAGUCUGUUCGGGUCGAACACUGGAAACGCUUCAUCAGGAUCAGGGUUUUUCAGUGGUCUUGGAGGAAAACCCAGUGAAGACGCUGCCAACAAAAACCCGUUUGGAACGCCAGCCGCAGGUGGAUUCGGCCAACCCAUUAAUACAGGUCCAUCUAACCUGUUUGGGAACAGCGGAGCGAAGGGCUUUAGUUUCGGUAACAGUUCGUUUGGUGAACAGAAACCCAGCGGCUCAUUCAGCUCUGGCACGGGGUCUGUAGCCGCACAGGGCUUCGGAUCGUUCUCUACACCCACCAAACCAGCUGGUUUCGGAAGUGCGCCAGUCUUCGGCAGUCCUCCAACUUUCGGCGGAUCUCCAGCAUUCGGUGGGUCAGCAGGCUUUGGCUCCGCCCCUUCCUUCAACAGUCCGCUGGGCUCCUCCUCGGGGAAGGUGUUUGGUGAGGGAACCACAGCCGCCAACGUCGGCGGAUUUGGGUUCGCGUCUCCUCAGAGUGCGCCGUCCUUUGGCUCUCUAGCGGGUUCAAACACAGCGCCGUCGUUCGGCAGUCUGGCACAGCAACAGCAACAGCAGCAGCAACAGCAGCAGCAGCAGCAGCAGCCGCCGCCGGGCUUCGGUGCUCAGAGCGGUGCUUUCACUGGCUUCGGUUCAUCUGGAGGUUUUGGAGGUUUUGGGAACACCAGCACCAACCAGCCGUCGUCUCAGACGUUCAGCAGUUGGAGGAGUUGAUCGGUGGACGUCAGCUGAUCUGAUCUGAUCUGCUGUUUUAUAGUGUGCGCGCAAGAUUGAAUGAGUUCUUAAAGUGUGCUGAUGUCCUCCUGUUUUAUGUUCAGUUCAGUUUCUUCUGUUUUAACCGCACAAUGAGAAAUAAACCCACGUGCUGUUGACCA